GUGUUCCUCUCUCCUCUCCUCGACAAGGACUUCAAGGAGCUGGACGGGCGCAGGAAGCGGCAGCUCCUCAAAGACUCCGCCCCCUCCUCUCUGCUGAACGGACAGAUGAACGGCGCCCCUCCGAUGAAGCCCGUGGACGUUCUGCCGUCCCACAGCCUCACCAGCACGCGCAUCAUCGAGCAGCUGAGCGGCAGCCACGAUCUGGCCAAGAUGCUGGCGGACUACAGAGCGAAGGGCGGGCGAAUCCGACAGAGAGAAGCCCCAGAUCCCUUCAGCAGCUCCAGCCUCGUGGCUCCGGUCAGCGCCUCGACGGGGGGGAGAACCCUCCUGAAGACCGACAGCGAGGACGAGAAGACGGGGAAACUCAACGAUGUGAACUGGGCCCCCAAGCUGGACUGUCUGAACCCGGUCAACCAUCAGAGACUGUGUGUUCUCUUCAGCAGCUCGUCAGCGCAGUCCAACAACGCUCCCAACCCCUGCGUCAGCCCCUGGAUUGUCACAAUGGAGUUCUACGGCAAGAAUGACCUCUCUCUGGGCGUCUUCUUGGAGCGAUACUGUUUUAGGCCAUCCUACCAGUGCCCCAGCAUGUACUGUGAGACUCCCAUGGUGCACCACAUCCGGCGCUUCGUGCACGGCAGCGGCUGCGUGCAGAUUGUUCUGAAGGAGCUGGACUCUCCGGUGCCGGGCUAUCAGCACACCAUCCUCAACUACUCCUGGUGCCGCGUCUGCAAACAGGUGACUCCAGUGGUGCCGCUCUCCAACGACUCGUGGUCCAUGUCCUUCGCUAAAUACCUGGAGCUGCGUUUCUACGGACACCAGUACACCAGGAGAGCCAACGCUGAGCCCUGCGGACACUCCAUCCAUAAAGACUACCACCAGUACUUCUCCUACAACCAGAUGGUGGCCUCCUUCAG